AUUGUGAAAACACGUGCUCUACUUUUCCGAAUCUACCCUGCGGGGAAGUGCAGAAAGAGGCAUCCUGUGCACGUUUUCAGGCUGACUGCCAAGGCUUGAUUGAAAGCAAAAAAAAAGUGGGAAAAGAUUUGGGCGAACGCAAUAUGAAUCCAUUUUAUUUUAUUUUGACAGUAACAUUGAUCUGUCUAUCGUCCGCUACUGCUCAAGAGUGUGGAAGAAAUCUUAAUGCUACAAGUGGAACAAUUGAAUCACCAAAUUAUCCCAAUCAGUACCCUGAAAACUUAACUUGUACAUGGGUUAUUACUGGUGGGCCUGACAAGAAAAUUCAAAUCAAUGUUGAAGAUCUAGACAUUGAUGCACAAAUUCAUGAGACAUGUUCAUCGGAAUAUUUGCGAAUAAUUGUAGAUAGAACACCUAAUGACUUUUGUGGAACAACUAAACCUGCUGCCUUUAACACAUCAAGCGAUGAAGUAACUAUCAAAUUUGUUUCGGAUAGUAAAAAUUCAACAAAAAAAGGUUUCAGGUUGUCUUAUGCCAUCUUGGAGCCUGCCAAAACAACUCAGCACCCGGAUGCAACGACACUCCAACCAACAACUGGAAACAAUGUAACAUAUCACCCUUCAAACAUCACUUCAACAAGUUUGCCGACUGUCAAACCAAAGGAAAGUAAGGAGUUUCCAGCUUGGUGUAUUGCGGUGAUCGUUAUUGUGGUUUUGUUGGUCGUACUUCUCAUCAUCGAUCUGGUUUUGUAUCGAAAGAAUAUGGGUUUGACAUAUACAGUGAAAUCAGCUUGUUGUGGUGGCUACGAACAGGUGGCCUAAGGACAUGUUUAAAUAUACUUUUUUUUUACUAGUAAUUAAAUAAUUUGGUAUAUGUAAGAAAUAUUUAGAUUUGCUUGUGUUUUUUUUAGCAUUCUUAUUUAUAAUUGUAAUUCUUUUAGUUCAUAUAAAUGAAUAAAAUUAUUUAGUUUUCGUUAGUCCAAUCGUAUGACUACUUAGUGAACAGUAUAUUUUUAUAAGUUGAUGAUUAUUUUUAGGGUUGUGAUAAAUAAUUAGGAUAAGCUAAAAUAUACAUUAAGAUCACAAAAUUACUUUGAAUUCGCCAUUUCAUGCCUGAAAAAAUAUUUUCAUAAACAUCAGACUAAAUUGUAUUCACUAUUACCUGCUCUCUUAAAGAAUAAGUUGAUUUAUAAAUAAACUUUGCUCUUCUUGGCCGUAUGAGAUAGGGAUCAGACUCCGUAGAUUUUAGAAAAACAACUAAAUAAGUUAAUUUAAAGGGAUUUUAAUGUUGUUUUUGAAUAUAUAUAACUAUUAGUUUUAUGUUAGUGUUCUUUUUUUUUCAAUCUUCUUGAAUGUUAUUUAAUAAUUUUGAAAUAGUUUUUUCUUAUAUUUGGAAUAACGAUUUCUUUACGUUACAA